AUGGGAAAAUACAUGAAGAAAUCAAAGAUUAACAACGACACAGUGUCCACUGAGCCAACUUCUUUUGGUGUUCGCACCAGAGCAGCUAAAAUCCUAGCCUUGAAGAGGCUCAAUUCCUCCGCCUCCUCCGACUCUUCUUGCUAUCUUCAGCUCCGUAGCCGCCGUCUCGAGAAGCCCCCCUCGCUGUCCGAACCGAAACAACCACCGAAACAGCUUAAACCGGGACUUAAAGACUCUGUUUCGAAGGUUGACUCGGUUAACUCGGUUUCUGUAGCUCAGGACUGUAACGGAGAUGAAUGUUCGUGUGGGGAGAACAGUAUUGAGUUUGAGACAAGACAUCAAAGCACAAGGGAGAUCACGCCUUGUAACUUUGUUGAGGAUCUGGAGAUCAUUGUUACACCAGGGUCUAGCAUGGUCCCAACUUCUAUUGAACUUGAGGAGUUCUUUGCUUAUGCAGAGCAGCAACAGCAGAGACUAUUCAAGGAGAAGUACAACUUCGACAUUGUGAAUGAUGUGCCCCUCACUGGACGCUACGAGUGGGUACAAGUCAGUCCAUGA